CUCCGCCCCUUCCGCCGGAGCGGGGCCGGCGCGGGCGGCUCCUUCCUCCCCGCGGCGGAGGCGCAGCCGGGCGGGCGUUAGCUCAUCGCGGCGGCGGCGGCUGCUCGCGGCCCUUUCUUCCCCCCUCCCCGCUUCGGGGCCGCCCGCCCGCCGCUCCCCGCCGGUUGGAAGCGCUCCCCGGCAGGACCCCAUGGCCCUCUGCAACGGCGACACCAAGCUGGAGAAUGUUGGAGGAGAGCUCAAGGAUGGGCAGCACCACUACGAGGGAGCCGUCGUCAUACUCGAUGCUGGAGCACAGUAUGGAAAAGUCAUAGAUCGUCGUGUGCGUGAGCUGUUCGUCCAGUCUGAGAUCUUCCCUUUGGAAACACCAGCCUUUGCAAUCAGAGAACAAGGGUUUCGAGCUAUCAUUAUAUCUGGAGGACCAAACUCUGUGUAUGCAGAAGAUGCACCCAUGUUUGACCCAGCCAUAUUUACAAUAGGAAAAACAGUUCUUGGAAUCUGCUAUGGCGAACAGAUGAAUGAAUAAGUGUUUGGAGGUACGGUGCACAAGAAGAGUGUUAGAGAAGAUGGAGUGUUCAGCAUUACUCUGGAUAACACAUGUUCACUGUUCAGGGGCCUUCAGAAGGAAGAGCUUGUGCUCCUCACUCAUGGAGAUAGUGUGGAUAAAGUAGCUGAUGGAUUCAAAGUGGUUGCACAGUCUGGGAACAUUAUAGCAGGCAUAGCAAAUGAAUCUAAAAAACUGUAUGGAGCACAGUUCCACCCUGAAGUUAGCCUCACAGUGAAUGGAAAAAUGAUCCUGAAGAAUUUUCUUUAUGAUAUUUGCGGGAUGCAGCGUACCUUUACAGUGGAGAACAGAGAGCUUCAGUGCAUUCAAGACAUCAAAGAGAAAGUGGGCUCCUCAAAAGUUCUAGUUUUACUCAGUGGUGGUGUAGACUCAACAGUCUGUACUGCUCUCCUGAACCGAGCUUUAAACCGAGAUCAGGUCAUAGCUGUACACAUAGAUAAUGGAUUUAUGCAAAGAGAGAGUCAGUCUGUGGAGGAGGCACUCAAAAAACUUGGGAUUCAAGUUAAAGUGGUGAAUGCAGCUCAUUCAUUCUACAAUGGUACAACAACCCUGCCCAUCUCGGAUGAGGACAGAACUCCACGUAAAAGAAUUAGCAAGACAUUAAAUAUGACUACAAGUCCUGAAGAAAAAAGAAAAAUUAUUGGUGACACCUUUGUUAAGAUUGCCAAUGAAGUUAUUGGAGAAAUGAAUCUGAAACCUGAAGAGGUUUUUCUUGCUCAGGGUACCCUCAGACCUGAUCUCAUUGAAAGUGCUUCCCUUGUUGCAAGUGGCAAAGCUGAAGUCAUCAAAACCCAUCAUAAUGACACAGAGCUGAUUCGGAAGUUAAGAGAAGAGGGUAAAGUAAUAGAACCACUGAAAGACUUUCACAAAGAUGAAGUGCGAGUGCUAGGAAGAGAACUUGGUCUUCCUGAAGAGCUGGUUUCAAGGCAUCCCUUCCCAGGUCCUGGUCUAGCAAUCAGAGUGAUAUGUGCUGAAGAACCUUAUGUGUGCAAAGACUUUCCUGAAACAAACAACAUUUUGAAAAUAGUUGCAGAUUUUUCUGCAAGUGUUAAGAAGCCACAUACUUUGCUGCAAAGGGUCAAAGCAUGUACAACCGAAGAAGACCAGGAGAAGCUGAUGCAGAUUACAAGCCUACAUUCACUGAAUGCCUUCUUGUUACCAAUCAAAACUGUGGGGGUGCAGGGUGACUGCCGUUCAUAUAGCUAUGUUUGUGGGAUCUCUAGUAAAGAUGCUCCGCACUGGGAGUCUCUUAUGUUUCUUGCCAGGCUUAUACCACGCAUGUGCCACAACAUAAACAGAGUUGUGUAUGUGUUCGGACCACCAGUCAAAGAACCUCCUACAGAUGUCACCCCCACUUUUCUGACAACAGGAGUCCUCAGCACCUUACGACAAGCUGAUUUUGAGGCUCACACUAUUCUCAGGGAGUCUGGUUACGCCGGGAAAAUUAGCCAGAUGCCGAUAAUACUGAUACCAUUGCAUUUUGAUCGGGACCCCCUACAGAAACAACCUUCCUGUCAAAGAUCUGUGGUUAUUCGAACUUUUAUCACAAGUGAUUUUAUGACUGGUAUUGCAGCAACUCCUGGUAAUGAGGUUCCAGAAGAGGUUGUAUUAAAAAUGGUGGCAGAGAUUAAGAAGAUUCCUGGCAUUUCUCGAGUGAUGUAUGACUUGACAUCAAAGCCACCAGGAACCACAGAGUGGGAGUAAUUAACUUUUUUUCUAUUAAAGUACUGUGUGCAGUCUAAAUCAUAUCAGAAACCAUUCCCAGUGUUGACAUGCAGUACUGUGAAAGAGUGACUGGAGCUGCUACAUCGCAUCAGAUUCCUCUCCUGGAGCAUAAACCUGCGGUUAAGACCUGGGGAUAAUAACUAAGUGGGGCUGAGGAUUUGUACGGGUAAAUAAUCAUGGCAGCAUUGCUGGUGCGCAGACAGAUUCCUAUUGCUUUUGCCUUUGUCUUACCAAUUCUUCCUGUUUUCAUGUGUUUUAUUGUUAACUGUCAUUUCAAUGUCUCUUUGUUUUUGUACACUCUGUAAAAAGAGACAGUUUAUUUACUUCUACCAAAAGCAUUGUUACAGCCUAAAAAAUGUAAAAUGAAUUCUUUGUGACCAACUGCUUUUGAACGGAUUUAUUAUAAAUAAAUAUUUUGCCAAAUGGAGUAGUGGGUACUGUUGAGUUGUGGAAUUACUGUGUAUCUGUUGUGUACUGUUAAGGUUGUUCUGUAUCGUUUGACGUGUUAGCCCAUGGCAAUAAUGUUGAGCUCCAAAAGGGCAAUGCUAAAAUAUGAUAUUACCUCUGUCUGUCUUUUGUACUCGCUCCUUCUUGCAUCGCUCAGUAGGUGUGUGUGUUGGUAACAAACACAUAUACACCAGCUAAUCUUUAGUAUACACUUACUGCAUGUAUGCAUAUGUCAAAUUCCAGACAGUGAAGUAUCUUUGCGCACUUCUGGGGACUCUGAUAGAAGUGUAAAAAACAGAAGUGCAGUUUGGAAAGCAGUUGCACCAGAGCUCCUGGAUCUGUGAGUCCUGUUUCUGUCCUCUGACGCUUGCGCCACAGUCCCUUUGCAGCCUGCUGCCGAUGUGCUUUCCUUAUACUUGAUGACAGUUUAUUUUCUAUGCAUUUGGUUUUACAGGAAUUUUUUUUUGGUAUGUAUUGUACUUAGCUUGACCUUUAACAUCAUUGUAGUUAUUAGUGUGGAGUCAUGGUAUGGGAGGUGGCUUGCCCAAUCCGUAUAGAUCCCUUCUGUCAUUUGUAUUCUGCUGUUUAUGUAGUUAAGUAAGCAAUAAUUUGAGAGAUGGUUGCUUUGGACACCUGUGCUUUUCUGGUGUAUUGAGGCAAAGCUGUUCCUUCGACCUGAGAAUUUUGAGCAUGUCCUACAAUUGCUGAAAGUGAAAGUGACAGUUAAAUUUUUGACCUGGGCAGCUUGCUGGAUGCUUGCUGGGUACCUCCGCUGGUGGAGCUGUAACCCAGGCUCGUCCCUCUAAGCCACUUUUUUGGUUUUUUUGGUUUUUUGCUUUUUGGGUUUUGUGGUGUUUUUUUUUUUGUUUGUUUGUUUUUUUGUUUUGUUUUUUUUUUUUUAAUGCUUUUUUGGUUUUUUUUUUUUUUUUUGUUGGUUUUUUUUUUUUUUAAUUUAAGCAAUUGCAUUUCAUUUGGCUACAAGAUUACCCUAGUAUUUUAGGGUAAAAUACUUGUUUUAAACUGUUCGAUAACAUGGAGUAUUUCAUGGCUGUAGCUACUUAUAUUCCCACUUGCAUAGAUUUGUGAACUGGAAUAAUGGUUGAAGGUGUUUGUUCUAUAUUCUUUUGAUUGCACACAUUUUCCUGUUUUUCUUACAUUUGCUGCCUACACAUUAUGGAAAUCUGGUUUAAUUUCUGCCUGUAGGAACUGGCUAACUUGUGUAAAUUUAUUCUUUCGUCUGUGUCAGAGUGGUACUUUUUCACUUGGGGGAGGAGAUGGCGUGUGACAGCCCUCUGCUCUUUGAAACACCUUUGGGGCCACAGGCAUGCAGGAGAGCAGCAGACCAGCAGCUGGGAUAACUUGGAGUUGGGGACACUGCCACCCCCUCAGAACACUGCUCUCGUGUUCUGGCAGGUUUUGUAGCUUGGCAAAUUGAUCAAUAUCUCAGCUGCCCCGUGUAUAAAAUGGGGGUAGUAAUUCUCACCCACAUCUAUCGUAACCCCUUUGAGCCUUUUGGAUGAGCUUUUGUGAUGUAAGUGAAGUAUUAUCGAUACAAAUGUUCUUUUAUUACUGGAUUCUGAGCUGUAAGAGCUAUUGGUCAAAAACUCUCUAUGUCUGUGUUUGCCAUGGCAGAAUCUAUUAUAGCAUGGGUUCUGUUGCAAACAAAUUUUCUUUGUAGCUUAUCUCAAAAGAAAGCUCCCUAAUGAAAUUAUGGCUGUGAGGUACCUUUUAACUUUUUAUCAUAAAAAGCUGAGGGUAGUUGCUUUCAUUACUGUGUUGGUAUCUCAGAUGUAAAUGGUGCAAUGACAAGAAAUGGAUCUUCUUGGUGUGAUGCAGAAGUCCUUCAGCCUUUUAAUGUUAUGGCAGUUGUUGCUUAUUGUAAGUAGGCUUGCUCUUGCUGCUGCUUCCAGUUUAUGUUGCCUUGACAGCAAAUAGGCGAAGCAGAAGGAAUUAGCAAAAAGUAAUGCAAAGAAUACAUAGCACCUCUUAAACGCUUCUCAGUUUUGGCUGAGACAGAGUUGGUCUCUGUGUAAAUAACUCUGCAGUGCGUAAUCACAUAGUAAUGAUGUAACUCACAAGAAAACUUAUGUGGUGAUUGGUGAUGCCCAUUGGGCUAGGGGUUACAGUAACUGCUGUACCUGUUGACCACAAACUUGCCGCACACCUGGACAGGAAUCUUCUUCACAGCAUGUUGCACACUUGGAAGUCCUUCUUGGAGUUGCAUCUUAACUAUAGGCAUGAUUUAUGCCAGUAUGCUAUGUGUAUACUGAAGUUUGACAUAGACUUUUACCAUUUUUUAAUCACCCGGGUUGCUUUCAUGUCCAUAAUGAAAUGGAGCUUAGCAGCAAUUCCUGUGCUCUUUAGGAACAUACUUUGUUUUGCUUUGCGUUUUUUUUCCCCCAGAAAGUUAAAUAUUGAAAAUUUUAGGCAUAUUGCACUAUAAUCAAAAUGUCUUAUUGAAAUUAAAUUUGUGAUCUUUAGCUCUCUUCCCCCUGUUUGACACCUGUGCCAUGCAUUGUAGAUGUGGUGGGUUGUUCUUAGGAAGGUUGGUGUUAUCAUCCCAGCGGCUCUUGAGUGUUUUUAUGGAAUCCAUGUGUAUUGGACGGCCAGAAGUGGAGAGAAACAUAAUAUUCUGUUCACAUUUCUUAAAAAGAUAUAUUUAGCACCUAGUUUACAAACUAAUAACUGUAGCUGCCCUGUACAAUUGUUCACCUUGAGUCUUCAGUAAAACAUGUCAGCAGUUAGAGGAAUUUGUAUUGGGGGCAUUCCCCAUCAUUCUCAAUUUUUAACAUUUUUCUGCUUGUGAAACGAUAAAGUACUGUGAGCCUUAAUUUUUAUCCACAAAUAAAAAUAUUAUGUUUGAA